GGGGCAGCCCCGCCCAAUGGUGACGAACGCUCAUAAAGGGACAGCGUGAGGCGGUCGACGUGGCCGGCACCUCGCCCUCGCCUCGCACUCCUACCUCGACUUCCUCCCAGGUGGGCUGUCGGCACCAUGACGUUCUGGCAAGAGAACUACGGCUUCGUCAAGGAAGUGUAUGACUUCCGUUGCUCUAAGUACCUGGAAUGGAUGGACAACAUCGAGGCCAUCAUCGGCAAGGUGAUGGCAAACACCCAGUACACCGCCAAGGAGUUCAAGAUUAUCAAGGACACCUUCACUUCGCUGUGCCGUGAUCUGGAGAAGGAGGGGACCAAGUCUUGGCUGGAUAUGAUGCUGGACAAGCUCUCCACACACAGCAACGAAAAUGAAGACAACCUGUCAGGCCGCGACAAGGCUAUGAAGGCUCAGGAGAAGAAGAAACUGGAGGCCAUGAUAGAGCGCCACAACGGGCUCAUGGGACCUACCAUGGAGGCACAGAGUAAAGUCGAUCAUUACUCGGAGUGUUACGCGUUCGGUGACGACAUCCACCCUGUCAUGAAGGUCCUCAACGAGCAGCGCCACCUGUCCUGCAAGGAGAUCCACCCUCACAAUAUGGACAUGGUGGAGGAGCAGAUCGAGAAGCAGGAGAAGGUGCUGAGGACCAUUGAGAACCAGGCUCCCAUCUACAACGAGCUGAUGCGCCGCGGCCAGAAGCUCAUGUCCAACCCCAACGCGCCGUCCUUCCUGGAACGUGAGAUAAAGAAGCUGGAGGAGACAUGGAAGGACACCAACCAGAAGGCCCAGGAGCGUAUCUCCCUACUUAACUUCACCUUCAAGGACUGGGAGACCUACGAGCAGCAGCGUCAGGCCAUCUACACCCCUAUCGAGGCCCUGGAGGAGCAGUUCAAGACCUACAAGAGAAUCUACGAUCCUAAGAAAGGCACAGACUGGCUGGAGAGGAAGAAGAAAAAGGCCGCCGAGUUCAAGAAGUCCGGACUGGAAAUUUAUGACAUCAUCACCAAAAGUUUCAAGACCAUUUUGAGCUUGGCGGGCGAGGACAAGCGCGAGUUCAUGGAGAAGGAAAUUCUUGAAAUCGACGAGAGGAAGACCAUCAUUGAGAAGGUGGACAAGACCCUCGCUGAGCUCACGGAGUUCAACAAGACGCUACACAAGUUCGUGGACACUUUGGCUGAACUGCGCGCCUGGAUGAUGCCUGCGUGUGAGAAGCUCAACUUCAUCACAACAUCCACCGACCUGUCCCCGGAAGACCGUGUGAAGGAGAUCUUUGACCUCCAGGGACAGGUGAGACUUGCAGCUGUCAAACGAGAGACUGCCAUUGAUGGAGCCACUAGAGGCCGAGUGCCACCUCCUGCUGAUACACCUGAAGGUAGUAUGACAUUGUGUGUUUCCCCACCUGUUCUUACCCGACACCCAGAGUGCGGGGGUGGGCAGCUGUCGACGGCUGCUCACGGUGAAGGCAACAAGUGUCAGGCGGAGUGUGGUGGCUCCUCUCUUGCUCGCUCCGUCACCCUUUAUAACGCCUCCAUCCCUCACACCCGCGGCCCUGAUGGUGUCUUGCCCUUUGAUCUUCAGGUGCUUCGCCACCUUGCACAAGCUGACCUUCACUUCCACCCCCCACUACCAGAGUCCGAGGAAGGCCAGACCAAUGAGACAGCACUCAACCACAUGAAGGAGUUCUUCACCAUCAAGGAGACCAUCACUGACUUGCAUGAGAAGGUGGAGAUGGAGGCGGGAUCCAUCACGCAGGACCAGAAGUACUUCGCCGACUACCUGCACGGCGUCAAGAACUUCAAGCCCUGGAUGGACAACGCCGAGACCGUGGCCAAGACUGCCCUGGUCAAGCCCGCCAAGAUCGAGGACUCCUUCGCUCUCCUGGAGACAGUCAAGAAAUUCCAGGAAGCGUGCUCAGAAAACCAAGGCAAGCUGGACGCUGCGGCGGAUUCCAGGUCACACAUGGAGAAACAGACCAAGGCUGACAACGAGGUGGAGACGCUCACCUCCCGCUGGGACAACGUCAAGAAGGUGGCCGAUGAACGCGUGACCAAGAUCCAGGAGCUGUGCGACACAUGGUCUGAGCUGAAGAAGAUCACCGACAACCUGACGGAGACCAUCGCCAAUGUGCCCGGAAUUGACACCCCCGACGUGGCCUCCCUGGAAGGUAUUUUCAAGACGUUCAAGGAAAUCAACGAGAAGAAGGUGAAGUUGCUCCAGGCUGUCUAAAUCCCGCCGGCCAUCUGGGAGGAGGAGGAGAAGAAAAAGAAGAAAGGAGAGGAAAAUGAGGAAGAGGUACGAUGCGCAGGCGUGAAGGGAGGAACGAGGCGUGUGUCCUUCCAUUCCUUGCUUGAUUGGGGACAUAUUUUCCUAUCCCCGAGGUGUGUGUGGUUUGUGGUGUGGGAGAGAGUGUGGUGAGUGCGAGAAUGGACGACAAAGAGCGUGGUGUACAGCAUGUGGGUAGGGAAGGACCGUCUUGUUUCUCCCUAUAAAUUCCAUAUAAAAAAAAUUCUGACGUCAAGGAAUGGACGGGAUAUUAUCAGUGUGUGGUGCAUAAUGAACGAGCGGGGGCGUGGAGCCUCCCCCGCUAGGGUGCACGCGUCCAGCGAUCCCCCCUGGGACACCUGAAUGUGUGUGUGUGUGUGAGAGAGAGAGAGAGAGAGAGAGAGAGAGAGAGAGAGAGAGAGAGAGAGAGAGAGAGAGAGAGAGAGAGAGAGAGAGAGAGAGAGAGAGAGAGAGAUGAAAAGAGAAACAAAAGGACCUUUCACAAUAUCUUGAGACUCACUUUCACCGGACAAAGAAGGCAUGGAGAGCAGACCAGUUUUUGAGGACUCACCCAAACACUGCCAUCUCGCGGUGGUCACGUGCUAUCAUUGCUCCGCCGCAUGCCUUCUGGUGACCUUUUGAAUGUGACUGCACCGAGGCAUCACUAAACACACACACACACACACACACACACACACACACACACACACACACACACACACACACACACACCUCUCUCUCUACUCUCAGUCCUCUCCCAGCUGACAGUGAGGGCGGGGCUCGGCUCGGCGGGGCGAGGCAGGCAGUAAGGAAUAUUCAUAAAUGAGGGAGGGAGGGAGAUGUGAUGAAUGUUCCUCCCGCCCUGGAGGAAAGAGUAAUGACCUCUGAUAGUCUCCUCAGCCCCGCCAUAAAUUUUCCUCCAGUUCAACUAAGAGCCUCAAGAAAGGAGGAAUCACGAUCCAUACAACAACCUUUUUAUUCCUUCAUAAUUUUUUUCCCUUAUUAUUUUAUUUUGCUCUCUUUUCCUGUUUUAUGUUUUCACGUCAUUCGGCCAACCAUUGGCACGUUAUGUUUUUUUGUUCUCUUUAGUUUUCUUCUGGAUUAUCCCAGAUUUUACGCCAAAAUGAAAGGAAAUUCUCUGUAAUACUUUCUCUUCUUUUAUUUUUUUGAGUUCCCCAUAAAAUGAAAACAGUAAAAUAAUCUUAUGAAAGUGAAUAUAUCAAGAGGAAUUUAGCACCUUUCCGACACAUGCUUACUAGUGUAGUCAUUAUGUAAUGUAUUAAGUUUACAAAGGCAUAUAUUAAGUUUACAAAGAUAUAUACAUAUAUAUACUCGUAUCAGACUGACAUCAUGAAUAAAGAUAUCAAGAAGGGGUCCCAGUGCCCUUGUUCCAUCCAUUCAAGUCUCCUCUUACGACACGCAGUGGUGGCAGCACUUCCACCUCCACCGAGAAGUGUGAAGCCAAGCCAUGUCCUCCCAAGCACAGGAGGAAAGGUCACAAGGUUAUAGAGGUACACAUGUUUUCGUUAGUUACCUAAUUAACCAGUACGAGCACUGUUAUUAGACGCCACAUGUCCCCACCAGGUGUAGACAGUCAGCCGUCACCCUAAGCUCUAAGUAGACCUACUCAUAGCGCCACCUUUGUGUUUGAUCUGGAACCUCGAGCAAAUAUUUCACUUUCUACC